AUGUUUGAAUUUAAUUUUAAUCAACAUCAUCAACAAUUUAUCAAUAAUAUUAAUGAAACUCAUAGUGUUUUUAAUGAUUCUUUAGCUCUUAUUCAACAUUAUGAAGCAGUGAUUUCUACUUAUAAAACACAUAAUCAUUAUUUAGUAAAUCUAUAUAAUAAAGCUUAUGAAUAUUUUGGCAUAUCUUGGAAAGUUUUUGUUGAAAAUAAUAAAGAUUAUGAUUAUUUUAAAAGAGAAGUAAUCAAUCAUAAUUCAGAAGAAGGUAGUUGUGAGGAUUGUUUCAUUAAAAAGUUUAAAUCUAAAUAUAAUUCAGAAGAUAAUUUUGAUUAUGAUAAUUAUAAUGAAGUUUAUCAUAAUGUAUUUAAUAAUGAAAGGAAAGAACAUAAUAAAAAUUAUCAUAUUGCCAAUAUAAAUAAUUUUAAUUAUGAAAGUAAUGAUGAUGGGCAUGAAGGUUUUUUACAAAAGAGAGAAUAUGAUAGUUACGAAAGUUAUUUAGCAGACAAAAAUGCCAAAAAUUUUGAAUAUUACAUGUCACAAUAUAAAUAA